AUGCGCGCCAACGGGAAGCUUCGUGCAGUGAAGUCCAGUGCAGGCCGCAAUGGUCAUCGAUGGCCAUUGAUGGGUGGUGAACGCAUUCUUCGUUUGACUGUCUUUCUCGCCCAAAGAUCAACACAUAUCACUGGACUCUCUUUCGUGACCAAACAUCGCUACAUACCUUUGAUGCCCUUCGGUCCCGCUGCUAUGGCCGCCUCAUUGCCGCCGCUCAGUGACGCUGCCUACUACAACCCUACCAAUUGCCCGGUUGCUGCAAAACUGUGUAGCACACUCCACGCCGUCAGUGCUCUUGGGAACAGCAUCACUGCCGAGAAAGUCCUGCGUCACCUACUCAGCGAUCUCCAUGGAACCAUCUCGGCCGCUUCGCCACAAGCACCAGCUUUGACAACUUUACCAGGCACACUGCAAAACAACGAUGAGUGGGCCAAGGACCAGCUAUCCCUGCACUUCCCCUCCGUCCUCUCGAACACGAAAGCAUGUCGAGAAGCGAAUAGUAUGUUCGGCUACGCUCUGCUGCCAUACAUCCGAUCCCGCAACCACCUCCGAAAGCUGGCAGCAAGAGGAAGAGAUGGACCUAUGCCGUGCAAGAAGACGGCAUUGAACCACGCUCUUCCCCCUGGCAAUUGGGCAGAGCCGCCACAGUUCAGCGCACAUGUUUGGAAUGCUGCUGGCAAGCAUGGAAGCAGACCAGUGGUCGGAGGUGAGCUCCUUGGGUUGGAUCCGUCUCCGACCACUGGAGCAGGCGUGGACUUCGGACAUUACAAGCCUGGAAGCUCCUACCACGCUCCCGACCAGUAUGGUAGCGCCAUGGUGCCUCGCGGUCUGUCCAGUCAGAACCUUCUACCAGCUUCAUUCGGCAGCGCUUGUCGAGCGAGCGAGAACUUCGGACGCCACAACCCUGGAAGCUCCGACAAUGCUUUCGACCAGUAUGGUAGCGCUGUGGUGCCUCUCGGUCUGUCCAGUGAGAACUUUCUACCAGAUUCCGGCAGCGCAUGUCCACCAUCCUCCUGCGGCAGCAUCUUUGCAAAUGCACUGGGUACAAAAAAUCACAUCUCUGCCAAUGGAAAUCGAUCUCCCGAAGACAUCACGAACCCGGAUCAUCAAGAAGCUGCUACCACAGUGCGGGGCGGCUCCAUGGCAAACCAGUUUUUUCCUGCGAUUCACGAUACCAGGGCGGUGCGGGAGCUCGGCAACAGUGACCAAGACGAUACCGACGAGCUGGCUGCAUUGGCCUUCGAUCCCGGUCAUGCAGCGCCACACCAGUCACCCGAAAUCGGUCUUGCGGAACUAGAAGACCUGGACACGUCAGCCGGAAAAGAACAUAAUCGGCAGGAGAUCAAGCAUGCUCUGAGAUCUAACACGUGCUUCAACGCCAUCUAUCUGCAUAAUUCUCGUUCACAAAUCUCAACUCCUGAGUCUGUCGUUUCUACCAGGUCUCGGCUCGGGAGUCUCAGCACUCUUUUUUCCCCAUUCCUGACAGGAGGAUUAUGCAGUAGCGAAAUAGAUGAGACGAUCAUCGCUCAUGCCUCAGCCUCAGCCUCAGCCUUGCCGCCUUUGAGCAGAAGCACCGUUGACAUAUCUGCAUCAAAACGCGACGCUUGCCUAAAACCACCCAACUCCAUCUCACAUUUCAUUGUUUCAUUUCCCUUUUUUCCCCAGGCUGAGAUACAGCUGCAUCAUAUAUGCGCCACGAUUUCUCGUUUUCCGAGUGCCCGCCGAUUUUCCUACAUAAAACCGAAUUUUCCCGUCCCAACACCACCUCGACGAACCCAUCAUCGUCAUCAACUCACAAUGCAGCCGCAACAAAACCCUCAGCAAAGUUCGAAGCAAGCUGCCCAACCACCGCCACCCAACCCACAGUCACCUCUAGCACCACCACAGCAACAGCAACACCAACAAGGAAAAGGAAACAUCCGUCUUCUGGACCAAGUCACGCGCCAAUAUGAGGAAGCCCUCAGCAAAGCACUCAACCUCAACGCCAAACGCGCAUUUUUCGCCAGCGUCAGACGCCUCCCGUCCUCACGAAACGACCUGAAGUUGAUCUUCUGGCACACACUCGAACGUCUCAGCAGGAUGCUGCAUUCCUGGUACUUCCUGGUCAUCUUCUACAUAGUGGUCGCCGGCCUAGGAGGUUUGUCUCUGUCGUGGAUUCUAGUCAAGGUCACCGUCGGCUUGUGCGGGACGCACACGGUGGCGCACGGGAGUCACCUGUUCAGUUCUUGGAUCCUCCGAAGGCCGGAGCUCGACCUGUGUGACUCGAUCAAGGUCUUUUCCGAAGGGCUGAAUCCGUAUUUCUUUCCGUCGGUCGUCACAACAUCCGGCGCAGAAGGAGGCGGCAGCAACAACAGCACUGGUUUGAGAGCGUACCGUGUUGAUACCGACCUGCUCCUCUCACUCUCCGUCAAGCACUACGCCAGCCUCACCCACCUGGGGCCCCAGAUCAUCGACUUAUGCGCUCUCGUGAACACCGCUGCCAUACAUUCCCACACGAUCUACGCUUGGGUCCAUGCGAAUCCGCACAUAUUCGCGAAGCAUCCCGCGCUGGUGCAGAAGGUCGACGACGUGAAGCAACAGCUGGGCGAACACAGUGAAUUGCUCGACAGCUUCCGGAUAUCGCUUGAACACCACCUCAUCGACGGCCGCCAGCGAGCUCAAGCCCUGCACCGCGCCGCCACAUCGUGUCUCGAAAACAACAAGAGCCAUUGGGAAAGCACGCGGAUCUUCAUGCGCUUGCUGUACAAGUUCUUUCCGCCCCUCCACGCCGAAACCGACGACGCCCAGGUCGAGCGAGCCAUUUCCCGCUUCCUGCACAACUUUGGCCCCAAGGUGGAGAAAGACUACCGCGUGUCCGACACGCUGAGAUCGCAGGCGCAGCAGAUCCAGUACGAACUCGAAGACUUCGCAGUCCUCCUGGACACCUCGUCAAUGUUCGAGAAACGCUGUGUCCCGCGCUCGCUGAUUUCCCAGCUCUUGUCCAUGCCUUGGACCUGGUUCUCGUCGUCUCCUAUUCCCUGUCUCUCCGUCGACGACUACCUGAAGGGCCAACUUACGUUGCUGCGUGAAGAGGCUUCCAACGCCUCCAAGACUGUACACACGGUGUGGGAACUUCAUAAGGGAGUUCGUGGCCAAUUGGAUCAUAUCAAGACGCAAGUUCACAGGGAGAAAUGUCGUGAAAAGAGAGAGAAAGAGGACGGUGAAUCGGAGCAUAUGCAGGUAACCAGUGACGGUUUCCUGGGGAGCAUGGAGAGAAUACUUCCGAAGAUUGAGCGUUUGCUGAAGGUUGGAGCUGGGAAAUAG